GAGUGAAGCGUUGAUGACCGUCCGAUUAUAAUUCUUCUUCUCCUUGUUCUCUAGCCAUCCUAACAAUGCAACAUCUUUUGCUCAUAGCUUUUCUUUCUGCUUCUCUGUUCCUUCCUUACCCUCCUUGUGCCAAAGGGGCUGAUCUGAACUCUGACAAGCAAGCCCUUCUUGCAUUUGCUUCGUCUCUGCCUCAUGCAAGAAAGAUCAACUGGACCCUCACAACGCAGGUCUGCACAUCUUGGGUUGGGGUUACAUGCACACCAGAUGGGAAGCGUGUGCGUAUGCUGCGACUACCUGCAGUAGGACUAUUUGGUCCUAUGCCCUCGAACAUACUUGGCAAGCUUGAUGCCUUAGAGGUGUUAAGCCUUCGGUCCAAUCGUCUUACUGUUAGCCUACCCCCUGAUGUAGCAUCCAUUCCUUCUCUGCACUCUCUUUACCUUCAGCGCAACAACUUGUCGGGCAUAAUACCUACAUCACUAUCCUCAAAUCUAGCAUACCUCGACCUGUCGUACAAUACAUUUGUUGGAGAAAUCCCAUUGAAAGUGCAAAAUAUGACUGAGCUUACUGGGUUGUCUCUCCAGAACAACUCUCUUUCUGGACCCAUCCCUGAUCUUCACCUUCCCAAACUGAGAUAUUUGAACUUGAGCUAUAAUAACCUCAGUGGGCCCAUUCCAGCUUCUCUGCAGAAGUAUCCAGCCAGUUCUUUCUUGGGGAAUGCUUUUCUAUGUGGGUUUCCCCUGGAACCAUGUCCAGGGACCACACCUUCUCCUUCUCCGAAUGCACCACCUUCCCAGGAAAGUAAUUUGGAAAAGUUUUGGGGAAAGCAUCACAAAAUUAUCAUAAUUGCAAUACUUGCUGGAGGAGCG